AGUAUGCUAUGCGGGGGACUCUCUAUAUCACCUAUGUAUAUGCUUAAUGACCUCCUGAAGCUCGUUUAUGAGGCCUCCCAGACACCCGUAACUAAGGCCUUUACCAUACAGCCCUGGAAUGGGCCACUGGGUUUCGUCAAAUCCGACACCACAACACCAACUGCCUGAGCAUCAUCUAACUUUCCGAUUGGCCCUUUCAGCCUUCACUCCUGGGCUAGCAACUGAGUCAUCCCUGGCGCAUGCGCGUCACCUGCUUCCGGCCGGGGACCGCGGUGUACCUGAUUUUCCCGCCCGGGUGGAAUUCCUGCCCUACUUUCCUCGGCUUGGGCUUCUGUGUGUGCAAUGGCUCCAGACUCGGGUUCCUUUCCCGAAGAGCCGCUCUUAAAGGUGCUACCCUUAGACGCUAGGGACCGGGGCACGCAGCGCUGUCGCCUGGGCCCGGCCGCCUUCCGCGCCUUGGGCGCACACUUGGGCUCGGCGGUGAAGAUCUCUCUGCCCGACGGCGGCUCCUGUGUCUGCGCCGCCUGGCUGCGACGGGACGGAGCAGACGGCUUUGUGCAACUGGAUCCGCAGUGUGCGAGCCCCGGGACGGCUGUGGGGGCUUCGGGGUUCCGGGGGAGUCUCAGUUUACGCAGCCUCCGCCUGGUGUCCUGCCCCUCCCUGCGGCUCCUCACCGUGUGGCCGGUGUUGCGGGAGCGGGCGGGCGCACCCGGUGCCCUGAAUCCAGCCGCGGUGCUGGAGGCGGCGCAGGAGCUUCUGAGGAACCGACCGGUCUCCCGGGGCCACGUGGUGGCCGCUCCACCGGGGGCUCCCGGGCCCGUGGCCGCGCUGCACAUCGUCAGCGGGGCGCCCAGCCCGGACCCGGCCGGGCUGGUCACCCCUCGCACCCGCAUCAGUCUCAGCGGGGUGCCUCCGUCCGAAGCGGAGCCGCAGCCCGAGGUGCCCUUGGGGGGCCUUUCGGAGGCGGCCGACUCGCUGCGGGAGCUCCUCCGCCUCCCGCUCCGCUACCCCCGCACCUUGGCGGCCCUGGGGCUAGCAGUGCCUCGCGGGGUGCUCUUGGCGGGUCCCCCCGGCGUGGGCAAGACUCAGCUAGUGCGGGCCGUGGUCCGGGAAGCCGGCGCGGAGCUGCUGGCAGUGAGCGCCCCCGCGCUCCAGGGCGCGCGGCCCGGGGAGACCGAGGAGAACGUGAGGCAGGUCUUCGAGCGCGCGCGGGAGCUGGCCAGCCGCAGACCCACCCUCCUCUUCCUGGACGAGGUGGACGCACUGUGUCCCCGUCGGGGCGGCCCACACCGAGCCGCCGAGAGCCGCGCGGUGGCCCAGGUGUUGACGCUGCUGGACGGCAUCAGUGGGGACCGCGAGGUGGUGGUUGUGGCGUCCACCAACCGGCCAGACGCUCUAGACCCAGCGCUGCGCCGACCGGGGAGAUUUGACCGAGAGGUUGUCAUUGGGACUCCCACACUUAAACAAAGAAAGGCAAUACUCCAAGUGAUUACCUCAAAGAUGCCCAUUUCCAGUCAAGUCGAUUUGAGCCUCCUUGCAGAAAUGACAGUUGGCUAUGUUGGUGCAGACCUGACUGCACUUUGUAGGGAGGCUGCCCUGCAUGCGCUCCUUCAUAGUGAGAAGAACAAGGACAACCCAGCUGUUGAUGAAGCAGACUUCCUUGAAGCUUUUAAAAAGAUUCAACCCUCAUCAUUUCGAAGUAUCGUUGGACUGAUGGACAUCAAGCCUGUUGGCUGGGAGCAGAUUGGUGGCCUCGAAGAUGUCAAACUGAAGUUAAAACAGAGUAUCGAGUGGCCUCUAAAAUUCCCUCAGGAAUUUGUCCGGAUGGGCCUGACACAACCAAAGGGAGUUCUCCUGUACGGUCCCCCUGGAUGUGCUAAAACCACCCUGGUGAGGGCGCUGGCCACAAGCUGUCAUUGUUCUUUUGUUUCCGUGAGCGGUGCUGAUCUCUUUUCUCCUUUUGUUGGAGACUCAGAAAAAGUCUUGUCUCAGGUAUUUCGACAAGCAAGAGCAAAUACUCCAGCAAUUGUGUUUUUGGAUGAGAUUGAUUCAAUCUUGGGCUCUCGAUCCAUCAGCAAAACAGAAUGUAAUGUUCAAGAACGUGUUCUUUCUGUUCUUCUAAAUGAAUUAGAUGGUGUGGGACUGAAGACUAUAGAGAGAAGAGGAAGUAAAUCCGAUCAACAGGAGUUUCAAGAAGUUUUUAAUAGAAAUGUCAUGAUUGUUGCUGCAACAAAUAGACCUGAUGUAUUAGAUGAUGCCUUGUUACGACCUGGAAGAUUAGAUAAGAUUAUCUAUAUACCACCUCCAGAUGAAAAGGGCAGGCUUUCUAUUUUGAAAGUCUGUACAAAAAACAUGCCAGUGGGGCCUGAUGUUUCCUUAGAAAACUUAGCAGCAGAAACCUGUUUUUUCUCUGGUGCUGAUCUUGGAAACCUUUGCAAAGAAGCUGCCUUGCUGGCUCUGCAAGAAAAUGGACUAGAAGCAACCACCGUGAAACAAGAGCACUUUCUAAAAUCACUGAAGACUGUAAAGCCAUCCUUAAGUCACAAGGACUUGACUUUAUAUGAGAACUUAUUUCAGGAACAAGGAUUUUCUAACUUAGAGGAUAUUUAAAAACUAUGUUACAUCCCUGACCAAGGAUUAAUUUAAGUGUAAAUUUGCCCUGUAGUUUGCAGCUUCGCACUUUUAGAGUUUGUGUGUUAUUUCAUGUAAAUAAAAAACUUCGUACCUGAUAAGCUAAAGUUCAUCUUAUUUCUAAAAAGUAUAUUAAAAUACCAUAAUUUGGGAAGAAAGUAUAUGUAGACUUUUUU